UGGGGCGCAGCCAGGGAGCCGCGGCUGUACGGCGGCGCCCUUAAAUAGCAUCCGAGCGGGCGCUGAACAGGCAGUGGGCUGUGGUGACAGCUGGCGGCGAAGCGGCCGGUCAGCCGAGGAGAGUUCAGCUUAGGGAGCGACCAUCACGGGACGAUGCAAGCCCACGAGCUAUUCCGGUAUUUUCGAAUGCCAGAGCUGGCUGACUUCCGACAGUACGUUCGCACACUGCCGACCAACACGCUCAUGGGCUUUGGAGCUUUUGCCGCCCUCACCACCUUCUGGUACGCCACGAGGCCCAAAGCCCUGAAGCCACCAUGCGACCUAUCCAUGCAGUCUGUGGAGGUGCCGGGUAGCGAUGGCGCUCGGAGAUCCCCGCUGCUGGAUAGCGAUGAGCCCUUGGUGUAUUUCUACGAAGAUGUCAGAACUUUGUACGAAGGCUUCCAGAGAGGCAUCCAGAUUUCAAAUAACGGCCCUUGUUUAGGCUCUCGGAAGCCAGACCAGCCCUACGAAUGGCUUUCAUACAAACAGGUUGCCGAGAUAGCCGAGUGUGUGGGCUCAGCGCUCCUCCAGAAGGGCUUCAAGCCUUCCCCGGAUCAGUUCAUUGGCAUCUUCGCUCAGAACAGACCUGAGUGGGUGAUCAUUGAACAAGGAUGUUUUGCUUACUCUAUGGUGGUUGUUCCCCUCUAUGAUACCCUUGGAACAGAAGCAAUCACCUACAUAGUCAACAAAGCUGAACUCUCUCUGGUUUUUGUUGACAAGCCAGAGAAGGCCAACCUCUUAUUAGACAGUGUAGAAAACAAGUUAACACCAUGCAUUAAAACCAUCGUCCUCAUGGACUCCUAUGGCAUCGAUCUGUUGGAACGAGGCAAAAGAUGUGGCGUGGAAAUCAUCAGUAUGAAGGCGUUGGAGGACCUGGGAAGAGCCAACAGACAGAGGCCCAAGCCUCCAGCACCUGAAGAUCUUGCAGUCAUUUGUUUCACCAGUGGAACUACAGGCAACCCCAAAGGAGCACUGAUCACUCAUGGAAAUAUAGUGAGCGAUUGUUCAGCUUUUGUGAAAGUCACCGAGAAUACAGUCAAUCCUUCCCCAGAUGAUACUUUGAUAUCUUUCUUGCCUCUCGCCCAUAUGUUUGAAAGAGUUGUAGAGAAAGUACUUGCCUUGAAUGCCAGUGACAUACACAUUUCGUUUUUACCACUUGCACACAUGUAUGAGCAACUGAUGCAGUGUGUAAUGCUGUGUCAUGGAGCUAAAAUAGGAUUUUUCCAAGGAGAUAUCAGGCUGCUUAUGGAUGACCUCAAGGCACUUCAACCCACAAUCUUUCCUGUGGUCCCCAGACUGCUGAACCGGAUGUUUGACCGAAUUUUUGGGCAGGCAAACACCACGCUGAAACGGUGGCUGCUGGACUUCGCCUCCAAGAGGAAAGAAGCAGAGCUCCGCAGUGGCAUCAUUAGAAACAACAGCUUGUGGGACAGACUGAUCUUCCACAAGAUACAGUCGAGCCUGGGAGGAAAAGUCAGGCUGAUGAUCACAGGAGCCGCGCCCGUGUCCGCCACUGUGCUGACGUUUCUGAGAGCCGCGCUCGGCUGUCAGUUUUAUGAAGGCUAUGGACAGACCGAGUGCACCGCCGGCUGCUGCCUGACUGUGCCUGGGGACUGGACAGCAGGCCAUGUUGGCGCUCCAAUGCCUUGCAACCUUGUAAAACUCGUGGACGUGGAAGAGAUGAACUACUUGGCUUCCAAGGGCGAGGGCGAGGUGUGUGUGAAAGGGCCAAAUGUAUUUAAAGGCUACUUGAAGGACCCAGCAAAAACAGCAGAAGUUCUGGACAAAGACGGCUGGUUACACACGGGGGACAUUGGAAAGUGGCUUCCCAAUGGUACCUUGAAGAUCAUCGACAGGAAAAAGCACAUAUUCAAACUGGCACAGGGAGAAUACAUAGCACCUGAGAAGAUCGAGAACAUCUACGUGCGGAGUGAGCCUGUCGCUCAGGUGUUUGUCCACGGAGAAAGCUUGCAGGCAUUUCUCAUAGCAAUUGUGGUACCAGAUGUUGAGACAUUAUGUCCCUGGGCCCGAAAGAAAGGAUUCGAAGGUUCCUUUGAAGAACUGUGCAGGAACAAGGACGUCAAAAAAGCCAUCCUGGAGGACAUGGUGAGGCUUGGGAAGGAUUCUGGCCUGAAGCCAUUUGAACAGGUCAAAGGCAUUAGUCUUCACCCUGAAUUAUUUUCCAUCGACAACGGCCUCCUGACCCCAACGAUGAAGGCGAAACGGCCCGAGCUUCGGAAUUAUUUUAGGUCACAGAUAGAUGAACUUUAUUCCACCAUCAAAGUUUAAUGCGAGGACGAAGCCACCCACCUCCGCCGUCUCCUGGAGCUGCUGGCCUUCACGGCGGUAAUCUUGACUAGAGCACACAUAGGAAAGGGAGCGCCCAUGUUUGACUUGUGCAUUCGGGGUUCUCGUCAUAGGAACAUUAGAGGAAAUGGAACACUGCCUUACAGUCACCUCCUGUUGCAGACCGUGUUUAUGGUGAUACACAAUUUCCUAAAUGAGCCUUAAAAUUGUCAAGGGGAAACUAUCCGUGGGCUAAGUUAUUUGAAACUUCCUCGGUAUU